CUGAACACUUGGUCUUCUGAAUGAAGCUCCAACAAUGUCUGCCCAACAAUAACCUCAGGGUUUGGCAGCGUCUGUCGUCCGUCACCCUCCGGUUCUCUUCAAACCAACCACGCCAACAACGCUGCUUUACCUCCACGACGUCCCGUCCAUAUCGCCCCCUAGAUACCCUCAACGAUGUCGACAUAGACGCCUUCCGCAAGACCUACUUCACUCCGGAACGUCCUACAAUCCUCCCUCGGGGUUUCUUUCGCGAUUUACCUGCCUUUGAGCGUUGGUUCCAGCCCGCUCCGACCGACCCCAAUGUGUUUCAGUUGAACACAACAUACCUCGCCCAACAUGGGGCCGACGCCUUCGUUCCGCUGGAACUCACACAACCAUCCUCCGACGGUUUCGGCGAGACAGGAGCGGAAGGUCUCACCUUUCAACAAUUUCAUGCGCCGCUGAGUCUGUUCCUUGACUGGAUUCGUACAGCAGAGACGCUCGAGACACAGUCCGCGCGGUUGUAUCUAGCGCAAUGCCAGCUCCUAGAUCUACCGCAGGUACUCCGUGAUGACUUUCCAACACCCGAAUUAGUAGCGCAGGCUGGAAAAGGUGACGUUUACGACACUAACGUUUGGAUCGGACACCCGCCCACGUACACGCCUCUCCAUCGGGACCCGAAUCCCAAUCUUUUCGUUCAGCUCGCGGGACAAAAGGUAGUGAGGCUAUUAUCGCCUGGCGAUGGACAGAAGGUAUUUGGGGCCGUGAGACGGCAGCUUGGACGGAGCGCCGGUCGCGAGGCGGCUGCGAUUCGAGGAGACGAAAUGAUGCAGGGUCAAGAAAGGACACUAUUGGAGCAGGCUGUCUGGGAUGAGGUGAAAGCUGUGCCGGGGCUAGACGGAUAUGAAGCACAUCUCGAAGCGGGGGACGGUAUGUUCAUUCCCCGGGGAUGGUGGCAUAGUAUCAAGGGCGUAGGGACAGGGGUGACAGCAUCGGUGAACUGGUGGUUCCGCUGAUCCUCAGCGUGUGAUGGAUACCCAAGUAGACUUGUAGAUAUGGUAAUGCUCGGAGCCAGGAUAUACAAGCUAUACUAAGA